AUGUCUAACGCUUACGCUAAAGUUACUGGAAAGGUCGACUACUCUAACGCCCCUGACCCAAAGUCUCUCAUCCAGAGGGAGAGAGACUCGGCUCAGUUCGAUGUGGACCAGAUGAACUACUUCCUUGAGGGUUCUGAAGAGAGAGCCUUGGAGGUGAGAAAGUUCAUCCACCAGAUGGAGACCGACCCUAUCUUGGCUGCUUCUUCCCACGACUACGACGCCACCAAGGCCGAGCACCGUGAGAACACUUUGAAGAAGAUCAACCGUCUUACUCGUUACAUUGAGGUUGAGACCUUUGACUCUUUUGAGAGACGUAUGUCUAUCAUUUCCUUGAUGGACCCUCAGUUCCACACCAGAAUCGGUGUCCACUUUGGUUUGUUCGUCGGCUGUGUCAGAGGUACCGGUACUUCUGACCAGUUGGGUUACUGGAUCUUGAAGAAGGAGAGUGCCUACGUCAAGAACAUCUACGGUUGUUUCGGUAUGACCGAGUUGGCUCACGGUUCCAACGUCGCUGGUUUGGAGACCACCGCCACUUUUGACGAGGAGAACGAUGAGUUUAUCGUCAACACCCCACAUCUUGGUGCCACCAAGUGGUGGAUUGGUGGUGCUGCCCACUCUGCUACUCACUGUUCCGUCUACGCCAGAUUGAUCGUCAAGGGUAAGGACUACGGUGUCAAGACCUUCGUUGUUCCAUUGAGAGACUCUGAGCACAACUUGAUGCCUGGUGUUGCCAUUGGUGACAUUGGUGCCAAGAUGGGUAGAGACGGUAUUGACAACGGUUGGAUCCAGUUCUCCCACGUCAGAAUCCCAAGAUACUUCAUGUUGCAGAAGUACACCAAGGUUAACGAGGACGGUGAGGUUACCGAGCCUCCUCUCAACCAGUUGUCCUACGGUGCCUUGUUGACCGGUAGAGUUGCUAUGGUUAAGGAUGCCUUCAGAUGGUCUUCCAGAUUCGUCACCAUUGCUCUUAGAUACGCUGUCGGUAGAAAGCAAUUUAAGGCUGCUUUGGCCAAGGAGAACGACAGCGAGUCCCAGUUGUUGGACUACCCAUUGCACCAGCGUCGUUUGAUCCCAUUGUUGGCUAUGGCUUACGCUUUCUCCAACGGUGCUAACGUCUUGCAGGAGCAGGCUGACACCUCUAACGACCAGUUGGACGAGGCUGUCCAGAACGAGGACAAGGAACUCUUGGACGCUGGUGUCGAGAGUAUCAAGUCUCUUUUCAUUGCUUCCGGUUCUUUGAAAUCCACCGCUACUUGGUUGACUUUGAGCACCAUCGACCAGUGCAGGCAGGCUUGCGGUGGUCACGGUUACUCUUCGUACGCUGGUUUCGGUAAAGGUUUCAACGAUUUCGCUGUCCAGUGUACCUGGGAAGGUGACAACAACAUCUUGGGUAUGUCCGUUGGUAAGCAGUUGGUGAAGAAGUACGCUGGUAUCACCAAGGAUGGUGAGAAGGCUUCUGGUAUCCUUGAGUUCUUGGGUAACUACAAGCAGUACAUUGGUAACGAGCCAGUCUUGCAGGCUGCUGACUUGAAGAGCCCAAGAAAGAUCUUGAAGGCCAUUGAGGUUACUCUUAUCAGAGCCUCUGCCAGAGCUAACGAGAUUGUUGACAAGAGAGGUGGUGACACUGACUUCAUUGGUUCUGACCUCGUUGUCUUGUCCAAGUUGUUGGCUCACUUCUUCUUGUACAAGUCUUUCCUCGAUAAGAUUGACAGUAUCAAGGAGCAGAAGGAAUUGUACAACGUCUUGGACGUCUUGGCCCAGUUGUACGGUGCCUCUAUUGUCUUGGAGGGCUUCUCUGGUACUUUCUUGACUUACUCCGUUGCCUCCACCGAGGCUAUUGCCCACAACUCUACCGAGCACAUUGCUGAUUUGUGUUCUAGAGUUAGACCACACGUCAUUCCAUUGACUGACUCUUUCAUGUUGUCUGACAUGUUGAUCAACUCUGCCAUUGGUAACUACGACGGUGACAUUUACAAGAACUACUUCAAGAUCGUCAACACCAACAACCCACCACAGAUCACCAAGCCACCUUACGCCCCAGCCUUGCAGGGUAUGUUGAACAGAUCCAGCUUGGAGGAGAGACAGAGAUUCGAGUACGACGACGAGGCCCUCGACAUCUUGUCCGGUAACGCUUAA